AUGCCGCUGCCAGACGUCUCCGAUGUUUGGUUUCUUGUGGCCUCGGCCGGAGGUCUAGGCAUUUCCGGCUUGUUACUGGCGUCUCGACUCACGACAUGCACAGCUGCUUUUGCGCAAUUGCGUCGGCCAAAACCGCAUGAUAAUUGGUACGAAGACGAGGAUGGCAAGAGUACACCAGAGUCAAUGGCAAGAUUCUCAAACAAAACUCCAAAGCUGCUGUGUCUAUUUCUCGCUGCUGUUGCUUUUGGGGCAUCCGUGGCAGUAUCUGUGCUCACCACCCUGCACCUGGAGUCCCGGAAUGGCAAAAUUUCUUGCUGGCUUUUGACAAUUGGCUGGGCAGUUAUAUUGACCCAAUCAGUCUCCAUCCGCCUUGACGUUGCCCCUGUACAAUGUUACGAGGCAGCUCUACGAGUCGCCGCCUCUGCAGUCGCAAUCGCACCAGCAAUUAUUUUCCAAGGGCUCUUUCUCAUAAAUCAGCCCCUCGUCUCGAGGCGCGUCAUUCUUAGUCUGAUUGCUGGCAACGCAUUUCUCUGCCCAUGCGUUGUCCUCACUGGGCUCUUGUUUCCAAGACGUCCCCAAGUGUACUACAAUGGCCGAAGAGUUUCUGCUGAGCAGACUGUGAGCGCACUUCAGAAGGCCUUUUUUUUCUGGAUGCAGCCACUGAUUAGGACAGCCGCACGGCACGGCGACCUGAACCAUGACGACGUUCCGUCGAUUGAAAACUAUGCGCGGGCCAGCCACUUGACGAUGCAAUGGAUCCGUGCAAACCACAAAGGAAACCUCGUCAAGUCGCUUUUCAGCACGUACUGGAGAGAACUGAUGCUUCUUUGGGUUAGCGUCCUCAUCCGAUCUAUUGUUGGGGUUGGGCCAUUCUGGGCCAUGUCGCAGCUUAUUCAAAGGCUUGAAAGACUGGACCCCGAGACGCAAACUGAGCCUAGUCUAUGGGUAUUUCCCCUUUUAAUUGGUCUCUUUACCUUUUCUGAACAGUGGAUUGCCUCUCGAAUCAUGUGGCAGUCGAUUAAGAACAUCUUUGCACCAGUCAGAGGACAGUUAUCUGCAUUAAUCUUUGCAAAGGCACUGCGCCGGAAAGAUAUCAAAGGAACCGCAGAUGUAGGAGAUCAUGAUGGGUCGCAUGGUGCUGCCAAUGCGACUGAUAAUGAUGACGACACAACAAAACAGACCAGAAAGGCAAAGGCGCAGGAACAGGCAGAAGACCUUUCCAAGUCUCGGCAAGCCAUUAUGAAUCUCAUUGGAGUCGAUGUCAAACACAUUUCCGAUUUUGCCAUGUAUCAAAUCUUGAUUGUAAGCAGCAUCGGAAAGCUACUCGUCUUUUCUGCCUACCUGGUUCAAGUCAUUGGCGCGGUGCCAUUUCUAGCCGGCGCCGUUGCAUGGGCCUCGCUGCUGCCAGUCAACGCCAUUGCCUCACGACGCUAUCUCAGUGCAGAGACAAAGUUGAUGCGCGAUCGUGACCAGAAGCUGGCCGUUGUCAGCGAAGCCGUCAAUGGCCUCCGACGCAUCAAAUUCUCGGCCCUUGAGGCGCAGUGGGAGAGACGCAUUCUCGCACGGCGACAAGAAGAGCUCAAGACGCUAUGGCAGGUAUUCCUGGCAAAUACCAUGGUGUUUUGCUGCUGGGUCACGAGUCCAAUUUUCCUCUCGGCUGCGUCGUUAGCCACCUACACCCUGCUGAAUGAUCACUUGUCACCGGCAGUAGCCUUUGUCGCAAUCGCCAUGUUCAGAAGUCUCGAGGCUGCCUUGGCGGGCUUACCAGAGUUGGUGACGGUGGGCUUUGAUACAGUCGUCUCCAUUCACCGACUCGAUGCUUUCCUACACGAGCCCGAGCUGCAGCCAACAAUCACCAAUGGCUCUCGCGUCGCUUUUGAGAAUGCGACAAUAGCGUGGCCGACCGACCUUCCCGCACCUUUGGCGGACGAUUCCGACCACAAGGCCUUUACUUUGAGCGGCUUACACGCAGAGUUUCCUGAAGGACAGCUUUCUGUUAUUACGGGAAAGUCGGGUACCGGCAAGACGCUCAUGCUACACGCACUGAUUGGAGAAGCCGAGCUGUACGGCGGCCACAUUGUGAUGCCAACCCCCCCCAAAGAGUCUCCGGCAUGGAACUGCAACGGCGACCGAGUCGACUCGGGCGACUGGGUAGUCCCAGGCACAGUGGCCUACGUUGCGCAAACAGUCUGGUUGGAGAAUACGUCUUUGCAAGGAAAUAUUCUGUUUGGUCUACCGUACGUGGCCAGCCGCUACAAGAUGGUCAUUCAUGCGUGCGCCUUGGAGAGAGACAUUGAAGCUUUGGACGAUGGUGAUGAGACUGAGCUGGGCGCCAACGGUGUCAAUCUCAGCGGUGGACAAAAGUGGCGCGUCUCACUGGCCAGACUUUUAUACUCGCGUGCGCAAAUCCUUAUCAUGGACGACAUCUUCAGCGCCGUCGACUCUCAUGUCGGUCGUCACAUCAUGCAGCACGCUAUUGCUGGAGACAUUUGCAAGGGCCGGACACGUAUCCUUGUCACCCACCAUCUGGGCUUGGUCGCUGAAGAGGCUAGCUACUUUAUCGAGCUUGGCAACGGCACCGUGCAGCAUUCAGGCCCAACCUUGAGCGACUGCACUGGCGCUGGUCUCAGCGGUGGCACAACCACGCCAAAGUCGGCCUCGAGUGCUUCAAGCAGUAUCGGACCCCGGCACUUUACCUCGGAUACAAUUGAAGGCGGAAGCGGCGCCAGUCAAGGAACUGAAAAGAAGGCCAAAAAGUUUGUCGAGGAUGAGGCGCGUGAGAAGGGCGUGGUAAAGAGUCAUGUCUACCACAAGCUAAUUACUAGUGGCGGUGGCUGGCACCUCUGGAUCCCGCUGCUUGUGUUGCUGACUAUAUUCGAGUCGUCAAACUUUGGCCGAAACUGGUGGGUGCGAAUCUGGACGGCUUCUAGCCAAACCCAGACGCCAGCUGGAAACACGACAAGUUUGGCCGAAUAUCAGGCAGCGUAUUUCCAUCCUACGCUCAUGGCAUUCUAUUCCUCCCCCGAGACAUCCUCACCGAAAGUCUCGGAGCCGCAUUCUUUGCUCUACUAUCUAGGUGUCUACUUGCUUCUCUGCGCCGCGGGUGCGCUCGUCGGCAGUCUGCGCUUCUUCUGGUCAUUUCUGAUCAGCAUCAGGUUCAGCAAAAAGUUGUUUGAAGACGUACUCUAUACUAUACUUCGCUCGCCGCUUCGAUGGAUGGACACUGUUCCUGUAGGCCGUAUCCUGAACCGGCUGACCGCAGACUUUGACAUCUUGGACAGCCGGCUGAUGGAAGACAUGACCAUGGUGCUCGUCCACAGCUUCGAGCUCAUUACCAUUUGCCUGGCAGCUGUCGUCCUCUCGCGCAUCAUGAUACCGCUGGCGGGGACACUCAUCUUUGCCAGUGUUAUUGUUUCCGCGCGUUAUCUCGGCGCGGCGAGACCUGUCAAGCGUCUAGAGAGCAACGCAAAGUCACCAGUCUUUGAGACGUUUAAUGCAGCGUUGGCGGGUGUGUCUACACUACGAGUCUACCGCAAGACGCAGGACUAUACCCGUCGCAUCCACGACGAGCUCGACGAAUGGGGAACCAUGACUCUGCACAACUGGUCGUUGAAUCAGUGGAUGACGUUUCACAUGACCAUUAUCGGUACGAUAUUCACCACUGCCGUGGGAUUGCUGGUAGUGGCCGAUCCGACACACUUUGGCGCCAACCUCGCUGGCUUUGCCCUGUCCUUUGCCCUCAGCUUCGCCAUGUCCAUGUCCUUUGCCAUGCGCAACUAUGCCACAAUGGAGCUGGACAUGAAUGCGGUAGAGCGCAUCGCCGAGUAUGCCGAGCUGGCCACUGAGGAUCUAACUGGCGACGAGCCGCCCGAGCACUGGCCGCGCAACGGCACAGUCAAGGUCGAGCACCUGCAAGCCGCCUACGCCAGGAGCCUGCCUCCGGUAUUGCGCGAUGUUUCUUUUGAGAUAUUCGACAAGCAACGGGUUGGGAUAGUAGGCCGUACAGGAGCGGGCAAAUCCUCGCUUACUCUGGCGCUGUUUCGACUAAUAGACACGCGAAGCGGCAGAAUCGUCAUUGAUGGCAUCGAUACCUCGACUCUCAAUGUUCAGACCCUGCGAUCACGUUUGUCAAUCAUUCCCCAGGAUCCCGUUUUGUUUUCUGGCACCAUACGCAGCAACUUGGAUCCAUCCAACCAGCACAGCGACGAGGAGCUUCACAGCUGUCUUGCCCGCGUGCACCUGAUUGACUCUGACAGCGACCGAAGCAUCACCGCCGAAAGCAUGAGCGGCAGCGACGCAGACGACGAGGUGUCCCCCACCCCGCAAAACAAUGUCAACAUCUUUGAGCGGCUCUCCAGCAAGGUGUCUGAAGGCGGCGGCAACCUGUCCCACAGCCAGCGACAGCUGGUCUGUCUCGCCAGGGCCAUUCUGUCGCGUCCCAGACUACUCGUGCUCGACGAGGCCACGUCGGCUGUGGACAUGGCUACAGAUCGCCUCAUCCAGCGCAGCAUCCGAGACGGCUUCCACGACACCACGCUCAUUGUCGUUGCGCAUCGUCUGCAGACGGUGGCCGACUUUGACAAGAUACUCGUGCUGGACGACGGAAAGAUUAUCGAGUCGGGCGCGCCGUGCGAGUUGUGGGAAAAGCCUGGCGGCGGCGCUUUUCGCGAAUUGUGUGAGCAAAGUGGCGAGGCUUUGCAGCUGAGAAAUAUAAUCUAUGCCAAGAAUGCGGAAUAA